CACGAGAAAGGAAGCUGCUUUUUCGACCUGGCUGAAAAUCUUCCCCUAGAAAGGUACAUUUCGAAAGCUGUUCCCUUUGAGUUUUGUUUUCUAUUACAUUUUGAAUGGCAACUUAGAUACUUAAACCUAUGGAACGCAAAUUAAUUCGCUCCCAGGGGCCCAGCCCACCAGUAAAGCUGUAUCAGCACCGGGUCGACGGGACAGACGGAAGCGGUGCGUCGUCGUACGGGGAGGUCCGCAGUGACAUCACGAUGAGCUACAAACCCAUCGCCCCUGCCCCGUCCGGCUCCAACCACACCCCGCCAGGCUCCAGUGUGCCUUCCCCCUCACUCCCCUCCUCCUCCAAUUUCAGACCGACGUUCAGUGAUUUCGGCCCGCCGUCGAUGGGCUUCGUUCAGCCAGUGAAAGUGUCUCAGGGCUCAACCUACAGCGAGCUGCUGUCAGUCAUCGAGGAGAUGAGUCGCGAGAUCCGCCCCACCUACGCCGGGAGCAAGAGUGCCAUGGAGAGGCUAAAGAGAGGUAUCAUUCACGCGAGGGCGCUGGUCAGGGAGUGUCUGGCAGAGACGGAGAGGAGCGCUCGCACAUAACCCUUUGCAGAAUCCCCGUCCCUCGUCUCUGUACAGGCCUUCCCUUGUAACCUUCCCUUGUUCCAUUCCCUCUUCCAUGUAGUCUCUCAUCGCCUAUGGGGUGUGUUCAGAGUGUAUAACACAUUUUGCAGUUGUAGGGACAGUUUGCUCUCAGAACAUUCUGUAACUUAUCGGUUUAAUAGGCACCACAAGGACCUGGUAAAUAUUGUCUGAUCCUGGUUGUCCAGUUCAGUGAUGGUGAUGUAAAAUAUUUCUGAUGGAUUAUGGAAAACUACGCCAUAAUGAAAUGUUUAUCUGAUGAGUUUGAUUGUUUGACAAUGCCUGCAAUGGACAUUUCCCAGUUGCUUUGAAUGUUCAAAAUCAUAGUUUAAGAACACUUUUUAAAAGCCUCAGGAUAAGAUACUCCAACUUUCAAAACAAGUGUUUGGCUUAGACACAGCAGUCAACUAACUAGGUAGCGGUUUCUUUCUCGCACAUUCACUCUUAUUUGUAAACGAUAAGCUAGUUAGUUGGCACAUUCUUGUCAAACUGUCAAGUGUAGCUAGCGAGCAACAAGAUAUGCUAACUACGUUUUUAAAAACACUUGACGGCAAAUCAAUCCGAUUUGACCAUUCAGACAAGUCGCAUGGCCAGGAAUCAGAUUUGUAUCGGACUUCAAACCACCUUCGAAGGUGGCUUAAAAUAUCCUAUUCCAUGUACUAUUUGACUGUUCAGACUGCAGGAAAAAUAAGUUUUGAAUCGGAUAUGCAAAAAAAAAAAAUGUAUGAUGUGAACAAGGCUUGACAGCAUCUUGAAAUACCCAGUGCUCUGUUCCACAUGCUACCACCCUACACAGUACACACAUCAAAUCAAACUUUGUCACAUGCGCUGAUUACAACAAGUGUAGACCUUACCGUGAAAUGCUUACAUUUUCUACUGUCAUUUCUGCUCCAUCCUCCUCCCAAUGAACUAUUACCUCACUACACACCUGAAAUCAGUUUUGUUAGUAUGGCAAUUUUGUAAACCCAAUUUUUGCAGUUCUGUACUUCAAAAAUUGAAUAAAAUAAAGUUUUCCAAUUAAAAAAAGAGUGUUUCAUUUGU